AAAAAUGAAGCUUUUUACGUAAGAAUUUCUCUUCCACUCUCAGCCGUCGUUUCACAGUGAUUCGCCGUCGUUUCCAUGCUUUCUUCACUCCAACAACAUUGUUCCUCUACUCGUUCAUCUGCAUGCAUAGCAACCCUUCUCAAAGCUUGCAAGAGAAUCCAACAUCUUCAACAAGUUCACGCUUCCAUCAUUCAAAGAGGCCUUGAACAAGACCAGUUCCUCAUUUCCAAUUUCAUUUCACUCGCCAACACACUUUCCAUUUCCACUCUCUCAUAUUCCACAGCGGUUUUCAACCGCGUUCUCAAUCCCUCUACAUUCCUCUGGAACACUUUCAUUAGAACACAUUGUCAAAGUAGCUUCUUUUCUGAUACAAUUUCCGCUUUUAUUCGCAUGAAAGCGGAAGGGGCUGUGCCUGAUAGUUACACUUACCCUUCUGUGAUUAAAGCAUGUUCCGGUACGUGUAAGGUUUUGGUAGGAAAAUCGGUUCAUGGGUCGGUGUUUAGGUGUGGUUUGGAUCAGGAUUUGUUUGUGGGUACUACUUUGGUUGAUAUGUAUGGUAAAUGCGGUGAGAUUGGUGAUGCUCGUAAGGUGUUUGAUGAAUUGUCUGACAGAAAUGUGGUUUCUUGGACUGCUAUGGUUGUUGGGUAUGUUACUGCUGGGGAUGUGGUUGAGGCAAAGAAGGUGUUUGAUGAAAUGCCGUUGAGGAAUGUAGCUUCGUGGAAUGCUAUGAUUCGGGGUUUUGUUAAGGUUGGGGAUUUGAGUAGUGCUAGGGGUGUGUUUGAUUCUAUGCCGGAAAAGAAUGUUGUUUCUUUUACGACGAUGAUUGAUGGAUAUGCCAAGGCUGGUGAUAUGGAAUCGUCGAGGUUCUUGUUUGAACAAGCUGCGGAGAAGGAUGUUGUUGCCUGGUCUGCUUUGAUAUCGGGGUAUGUUCAGAAUGGUGAGGCUAAUGAGGCGUUGAAGGUCUUUCUUGAGAUGGAAUCAAUGAAGGUGAUACCUGAUGAGUUCGUAUUGGUUAGUUUGAUGUCGGCUGCUUCUCAGUUGGGUGACUUAAAAUUGGCUCAAAGGGUUGAUUCUUAUGUAGACAACAGCUCUAUCGAUCUUCAGCAAGACUAUGUGAUUUCAGCACUUGUGGAUAUGAAUGCAAAGUGUGGAAACAUGGAGAGGGCGCUGAAAUUGUUCCGAGAAAUGCCUAAGAGAGAUUUAGUCUCGUAUUGUUCAAUGAUUCAUGGGUUUUCAAUUCACGGGCAUGGGGAAGAUGCUGUGAAUCUAUUUAAUAGGAUGCUGAUGGAAGGGAUAGUUCCAGAUGAGGCGGCAUUCACAAUUGUCCUGACAGCUUGUAGUCAUUCAGGGCUCGUUGAUAAGGGUUGGAAAUACUUCAACUCCAUGGAGGAAAAUUAUGGCAUUAGUCCUACACCUGAUCACUUUGCAUGUAUGGUUGAUCUUCUAGGUCGGUCUGGGCAAUUAAGGGAUGCUUAUGAACUUAUAAAAUCAAUGCAUAUAGAGCCUAAUGCUGGUGCCUGGGGCGCACUUAUUGGAGCAUGUAAACUACAUGGUGAUACAGAGUUAGGAGAGAUUGUUGCUAAUCGACUUUUUGAACUCGAACCUCAAAAUGCUGCUAAUUACGUGCUGCUGUCUAACAUCUAUGCAGCAGCUGGGCGAUGGAAAGAUGUUUCCCUUGUGAGAAGUAAGAUGAAGGAAAGAGGAGUGUGCAAGAUACCUGGUUGCAGUAAACUUUAGUACAAUGCUGAGUUAUUUGUGGUUCCAUGUAUGAAGUUCUCAAUGUACAGAACAUGGAAAUCGGUAUGAGUUCUUGUCCAGUUGAUCUUGAAGCUCAGCAGUUAUUCCAUGGUAGGUAAAUUGCAAAUUAGUUGAUGGUAUAUAAGUUUAUUGCCGUUUUUCACUAACUGUCACAUAUAAUUUUAACAUGAAAGAGCAUGAGAGGAUCCAUUCUCAUUGAAGUGAAUUUAUGCUUUCUUCUAUGUUACUUUGGAUUGAAGUUUUAAUUUCAUUUAUGUCGUUUUUAGGGGUUGAACCUAUCCCGCCUUCAUAAGAUGCCCUGUCAUGAAUAGCACUAUUUAUUCACAACGUAUUUGUUUAUAAUUUUUCAGUAUUUCUUGGACCACAGGAUAUUAAGAGCUUUUUGCAAUUUACAAUGAAAAUGCUGUGUAUGUCAACUGCCAAGGAUUUGUGUUGAUGCCCUUACCAUUUAUUAUAUUUUUAAUACAUCUACUAGAAGUUUGAUGAUGUUGGUUACAAAUUAAUAUAAUUUCUUCAUGAUUGUGGAUAGAAGAUUUACUAAAACAGAUUGUAAAAUGCCAAUGAGCUCUCUGUUUAUACCAGAAUGGCCAAACUGCAUAUCAAAGUAAAUUUAUACUAUCUUUUUUGUUUCUUUAAAUGGAGAGCUGUUCAUUUAGUUAUUUCUUUCUUUUAUAACAUGGUUGCAUACCUCUUAACUGUGUAUCAAAUGUUUUAAUUUUAUUAGUAAAAAUUAUAAAAUUAAUAUUUCUAAAAAGUGAAGUUCAAAAUAAGUAACUCAAGACCAGUUUUUUACAUCUAGCUCUUGCAUAUCUUAAGCGCUCCAUACCUUGAACUGCACACAGUUUCAAAUGUCUUUGCUGAUUCUCUGUACGUUUUUGUGUAUCCUUUUAAGGUUUUCUUCCACCUCAGUUGGUGGUAUUUUACUGUUGCUUUUAUUGCCUUGGCCCUUGAGAGAGUCACCGCUAUUGCUACAGUUGUUUAUGAAGCUUCACUUGUAGCUAAUUAAGACAGUGAAGCUAAUGCCUUGUUAGGGCAGAAAGCGAGCCUUGACAAUCAAAUCACAACUUCCUUGUCUUCUUGGAUUACCGGUACCAAUCCUUGCACAUGGAAAGGAUUCAAUGUGAUCAAUCCCAGUCUAUUAUCACAAUAAAUAUCAUCGCAAUAAAGAUCUCAAGUAGCAUUGAAGCAGGUUGGCAGCCCAGAUUUAUAUGGUGACGAUAACAUCAAACUAUUCACUUAUUGGACAAUGGAUUCUCAAUUCGAUUGCCCCGCUUUGUUCUUUCUUUUAAUUCAUUAUAACUUGUCUAAUUACUUUGAUAGAUUGAUGCAUAUCAAGCAAUGGGUUGGUAUAACCUCCCUUGCUCUGGCUUUAUUCAAAUUAUCAAUGAUAUAGGUAUGGGAGCAAGCAUCUUCCCACUUUCUAACCAUGCUUCAUCCCAAUAGGGAGUAUAACUUUAAGCAUCCUGGUAUGCGAGCACCAAGAACAUUUUGAGACCCACUCCCUGUAGAUGGUUGAAGACUAUGGAACCCACUUGAAGCCAUCACACCACAGAGACCACACAGUUAAGCUUGUCAAAGAGAAAAGAAACAGAGUUGCAAGGAAGAGGAGUCAGGGGGAAGCCGUCACAGGGAGGAGCUGAUGCAAACGAAGGAAUACUCGGUAUCGUAUCACACGGAGGAGAGAUCAGCGAUCAAAGGGAGGGAGAUAGAAAGAUGCAAGGGUUUCUUUUGUUUGUGGGCAUGAGUGAGAGGGAGAUCAAAGGGUUUUGUUCGUUUUACAAAACUGGAUUUUCCCAAAAGAAAUCCAACCCAAGGAUAAGAGGCUCAUCAAUACAUUACCCCAACCCGGAGGUUGUACGGUUCAACUGCAAAACACAUGAUCUUGACCACAAACUCCCUUCCGGCGAUCUUAAUUGAAUCAGAGCUCGACUCCUUGGCGAAGGAUCGUAAGAUCGUACGGUCCUACGACCCAGCACUUGAUCCUGAUUACAUUGCAUAGACUGGCCUGUCAUCUGAGGCUACCACACACAUCACUCUAAGUAAGGGGGAAAACACCCCUCAUGCAAAUCAUAACAUUUUUCCAAAAGUUAUCCUUAACCGCCUUUUCCACAAUGAUCCCAUCUUUACUCUUUGCAAGUUUACCGGACUUCCAUUCUUUCAAUGUGAACAUAAUAAUAAGUGCUCUGUAAUUGUCAUGCAAACACUCUAAUGUCAAGUAAGUCGUUGCAGGUUAAAUCAAAUAGUGUCUACAGUAAAUUUGUGCAAUAAAAGAAUAUGAUCUUGUGUAAAUGAAUGUUGUGAUAUUUUUUAUCACUAUAAAUCAUAUCUUUGUGGAAAGAAAUCUUCUCAAAAAAUUUCAACA